AGGUCACAGAAACUCUGGGCGCGGGGCGAUGACGUCACACUACCCGGACCUCGGUCGCUGGAGCCUGGGCCCGCGCCGCUGACCGCGAGUAGGGACGAGCUGGGACGGCUCUACGAUGACCAUUUGCCAGUUUUUCCUUCAAGGCCGGUGCCGCUUCGGAGACCGCUGCUGGAACGAGCAUCCCGGCGCCCGGGGUGCGGGCGGAGCCAGGCAGCCGCCACCGCAGCAGCAGUCGCCGCCCUCAGGGAGUAACCGUCGAGGGUGGAAUGCCAGCAGCCAGAGGUACUCCAAUGUCAUCCAGCCGUCCAGCUUUCCCAAGGCCACACCGUGGGGUGGCAGCAGAGAUCAGGACAAUCCACCAUUCGGCUCUUUCGAUUCUGGAGCUUCCACCAGCAGAGGCUUUGGGUCAUCUCAAAACCCUUUUGCUUCACCUCUCUCCGAUGAGCAGAAAGAAGAAAAGAAACUUCUGGAAGGAAUUGUUAAGGACAUAGAGGUUUGGGAGUCGUCAGGGCAGUGGAUGUUUUCUGUUUACUCACCAGUGAGAAAGAAACCCAACAUUUCAGGUUUCACAGACAUUUCACCAGAGGAGUUGAGGCUUGAAUACCAUAACUUCUUAACCAGCAAUAACUUACAGAGCUAUCUAAACUCUGUUCAACAGCUAGUAAGUCAGUGGAGAAAUAGGAUAAAUGAACUGAAAAAUCUAAAUAUGUCAACCAAAGGAGCUCUGCUCUCUGAUGUAAAGGAUGGGGUCAGUCAAACAGCACCUGCAUUUGGAUUUGGAAGUAAGCAAGCAGGGGCAUUUGGGUCAUCAGGUUUUCCAGUGAAUAACAGCAGCAGCAAUACUGUUCAGAACUUUAGUUUUAAAACAAGUCCUGCACUUAGCACUGCUCCUUCUGGAAGCACAUCAGUGUUUGGAAGUCACCCAGCCUUUGGGGCUGGGUCCUCUGCUGGCUCCGCCGUCUCUUCCUCCACUCCAGCCUUUGGACUUGGGAAACCUGACCCCACAUCUGCUGCAUCAUUUUCAUUCAAGAGCCCCGAAGCUUCCAGUUUUGGAUCACCUGGGUUUUCAGGAUUUCCAGCUUCCAUGGCAGCGAGUCCCUUUGGCCCUCCAACAGCCCCUGCUUUCGGAAGUGGCAGUUCUGUGGCUGGAUUUGGCCCUUCUAGCCCACAUUCUCAGGCUGUGUUUGCUAAACCUUCCACUGACGUGUUUGGAGGUAGCAACAUAUCUACCUCUGUCCCAGCCUCUAGUGCCACUGAUAAUGUGCUGUUCACACCCAGGGAUCAGCUGACGAAGGAAGAACUGGAACAGUUUCAGUCCCAGAAAUUUACCCUGGGAAAAAUUCCACUGAAGCCACCACCUGUCGAGCUUCUGACUAUAUAAAGGUCAGGUUUAAAUACAGAAAGAAUGCCUUUAGCCAGGCAUGUCGUGCAUGCCUACAGUCUGGGAAGCUGAGCAGCAGAAUGCCACAAAUUCAGGCCAGUGUGGACAACACGGAGUGAAUAAGAGACUAUCAGCUCUGAGUGGGACCCUCCAAGAGAAAGAUCUGGAUGGCUUUUAAAGCAAGUGUUUUUAUAGUGCUGGGAUCACACUGGGGCCUCACCCAGGCAAGGCGAGUUCUGCCUGACCUCCAUCCCUAACUAUGGCUUCUGAGAUUGUCUUGAAUGAGUUUAUAUAUACAGAACAUAAGCCUUCGGUAAUUUGAGGGAAUUUUAAAGUUUAACUUUUCUAAACACCUAGCUAAAUAAAGGACAGCCAAAAAAGUCAAUAAGCAAGGGAAAUCUUUUUUGCUGUAAUUAUGAGUGGAACUAAAAAGUACAGUGUGCUGAUUAAAGUAACGUUCUCAUUCUCUUCCAGUUCACUCUCCGUCCCUUUAAAUAGGGAUGUGAACAGGGUUGCUGGAG